GGCAAAGUACGGAAAUAAUCACUUGAUGAGUUCCCGUUUUGCUCUCAGCCUAUUCUACAAAAGUCGACCAUAGUGCCCACCUUCUGCUGUUGGUGGGCUUUCCCUAUCUCCCUGACUCUUAACUUUACUUCCAACCGGUUUACCCCAUAAUUGCCCACCCCCUCCGCCUACCUACACAUACAUCUACGUACUACACGAUCGAUCACCCCCCGAUCGGCCGUGAUGGAAAUCUCUCGAGUCCUGAAUUACAUUGACGAAGCGCCCAAAUGGGUGGGAAUGGGAAGCACGGAUGACACCAGACAACUCCCAAGACAACAACAACAACCAGAGCCCCUGCCCUCGCCUGAACUACAAAGCCAAUCCCGCGCUGGCGUGCAACUCGUGUCGACAGGGGAAAUUCAAGUGCACCGGCGAGAAGAACCAAUGCCAGCGGUGUGCCAUGCUGGGCAAACAAUGCUGGUACCCGGCCCAUAAGCGCGAGCGGAUUCAGAGGGAGAUGGAUCAGCUGGUCACGGAGGCGAAUGAGUAUCGGUUGAUGCUGGAGCUGCUGCUUUCACGGGUCAAUAAAGAAGACGCGGAGGAUAUUUCCGCCCUACUGUUCAAGUAUGAAAAGUAGGGGCGAUGGACGUUGGCUUGACUUGCAUUCCUCGACACCGAAUUACUCGACGACUAGACCGGCGAAUCUCUCUCCUGACAGCUGGAGAAAGCAUGGGCGAAAUCCUAUCCCAACACUCGGGGAGUUCAGCUUGUCCACAGAAUGGACGGCAUUUUGCUCGCCCUGAUAUCCCGCGCAAACCUCACGCCAUUGCUCUCUCGUCGCACGGCAGGUUUGCGUGGCGCAGCCAGGGAAAGAACAUCCUGGCAUGACGCAUUCUAGACCGUCUCAGCGGUCAUUUUUCUUUCCUUUUGUUUUUUUGUUUUUGUUUCACAUUUGUAUUCCAGAUAGAGAUACCCUUCCGAUAAGGAACACACCAAUCAGAC